UGUCGCUUUCCUUGUCUAGCAUUAUUAGACAAGAAGAGCAAAAACGUGCGACAGGGACAGACAUAUUUGGACUCUAGACAAAGAGAGCAGCAGCGUGCGAUAAGGAUAACAAUAUAAAUUAGUGCCGUUACCUAUCCUAGGAGUGAUCCACACGGUGCAUGCUUAAAUUCGAGACAUUAUGUGUUAACCAAUAGUAUCUUCUCUAUCGGAUCAUUCUGUUUUCUGUGAACAUUUGUUGAUCGUGUGUCAUGUAUAUAAGUUGGGUUAUCUAACUAUGUAAAAGAUUUGUUAUUUUAAAAAAUAUCGAUUUGGAAUUUCACGCUAAAAGAGAGAACGAAAUUAUAUACACAUUAUGUAUUACGAUUGUGGCGUACAAAAAAUAUUAGUAGACAUACAUAUGUAAACAUUUGAUAACGAUAACGCAAUUUAAUACAGUAAUUUUUAAAGUUUGAAAAUAAAUUUUAAAACAAUGGAUCGAAGUCCAGUUUUAAAACGACCUAAACCAACUGAUAGUGAAGAAGAAUUAUUUCGUAUGCAAGAAGAAUUUCUAAAAAAUAAACAGCAACCGUCAACUAAAGUGAUCAAAUUAACUAAUUUGAAAGAAUCUGAAAAAUCUUUGAAUGCUGCUUCUACCAACAGCCAAACAAGUUCUAACAGAGUUAGGUCAAGAUUUUCUGAGUUAAGAAAAUUGAAAACUCAAGAGAGGGUUUCUACUUCUCAAACUAGCGGUGAUGUUAUAAAUCCUGCAAUAAAAGAAGUUGAAAAAAAUCUCAACUUUGGAAUAAAGGAUUCUGUUCAAAAUAUAGAAAUAGCACCCUCAAAGAUAAUAUUAGGAAACAUCAUUGAGAAGAAACAUGAUGCAUACAACUAUGAAUUUCAUAAAAAGAAAUUUAUUUGUUCUAAUACUGGUUUCCCUGAAGUAUUUGUUUCUAAACAUAUGAAAAAUGAUAAAAAUGAAAGUUUAUUUAUGCAAGAAAUUUCUAUUGAAAGUAAUAGCAAAAUAGAAAAAUCUCUGAGCUUUGGACCUUUGUGUAACACUGAUAGUGUUAUCGUAGAAGGACCUUCGGCUAAUGAAAUACAUAAAGAAAAUUUGGAACGGAUGAGUCAGGAAGAUAUUCUUAAAGAAAAAAGUGAACUUGAGAUGACUUUAAAGCCAGAACUAAUACAAUUUUUAAAAGAUAGAAGAAAUAAGAAACAAAAUACAAAUAAGAGUCUUGAAGAUAAAAGAUUAAAUACUGAGAAACAAGAUCAAAAUGUAAACUCUACAAACGUAGAAAACUUAAUUACUGAAGAUGUUUCUAACAAAUGUGAUAAAGAUUCACUCAAAAAUAAUGAUGUUUCACCAAUGCAAGAUACAGUAGAAACAGAUAUACCCAAACCUCCCAAAGAAUUAAUGGAACAAGCUAAAGAGAAAGGUUGGAUGCAUAUGGAUUCUCUUGAAGUUGAAAAAUUUAAAUGGAUGGAAAAUAUACCUCCAGAAAACAAAGAUGAACCUGUUCUAAAUGAGCCAUACAGUGCUCGUUUUGACUUUAAUGGUGUAUUAUUACCAUAUAAAGAUAAUAAUGUACCUAUUGAAAAAGGGCUUCAUCAUCAUGGAGAAGAACCUGAUCGUCCUGGUUAUUCUCUACAAGAAUUACUACAACUUAGUCGUUCAUCAGUACAACAGCAACGCUGUACAGCUCUUACAACAUUAGCAAAUAUAUUAGAAAAAAGUCGCAACGGCUGGUAUGAUAAAGUGUUACAACCUGCACCUUUGGUUGCAUUAAGUCAGAUAAAUUUUUUAAUAUUAUUAAGAUUUUCUUUGGAUGAUACAUCAGCGGCUGUGAUUACAGCAACUUUACAAGCGCUUAGAAUUUUCUUAUAUAGCGAAGCGGAUGAAGUCUGUUUGGAUAGACUAUAUGGUUUUCAAAAUUAUAAAGAACCUGUUUUAGCAACACCAAAAACUGAUGUUGAUGAUAUAAAUGAUUUAAAAGAUCAUGAACUAGCGCAAUUAGAUGCGGUUGCUGCCCUAUUAAGAACUGAUAUACUGUUAAGGAUCAGCUAUAUUUUGAGUAAAAUACGACCACCGCCUGUUGCUGUGACUUGUGCAUUGGAGAUUUUAAUUAGACUUGUAAGACAUUCGCCUAUUACCGUUGUAAAAAUAACAAAUACACCAAAUUUAUUGAAGACUAUAAUUGAACAUUUUAUGCCAUUGUCUACGGAUGCAUUAGCAAUGACAGAUACUAUAAAUAAUGUUUAUGGAGUUCCAGUGGUAGCUGCAAUCAGAUUUUGUCGUAUACUACUUUGUUAUGGAGGAAAACCUGUUGCUCAAAAAUUAAAUAAUCUUAAAAUUAUGCAGCGUAUUAUAUCUUACGGCAGUUGCGAUGCAGGGAAAUCAAGUUAUAAUCUUAUUAUCGAAAAUUUACGAUUAUGGAGAACAUUACUAUUGUAUGAAGAUGCAAUGGAUAGUUUAACAGGAGCACAAUUAUUUCUUGUGUCACAGUUACAACUUCUGUUAAGUAAUCACGAUAUUCAAAACGCAUCUGAACUCUCCUGUGAAUAUGCAGCAGCUUUAAUUGCUGUUGCAAGUUGUCUGACACCUCUAAAAGCAAAUAUAUCGAUUUUACUAUCCAAAUGGAAUACACAAUUAUUAUCUUUAAAUAAUGUCACGUGGAGUAAAACGAAACUUAUCGCCGAAACAUUACUAGCGGUUAGUGAUAAUGCGACAAAAACAUUGAACAUAUCUCGAUCACAAGUAUUUUCUAAUCUUAAUUCUACGUCAAAUUUGCUAAGUGACUGUUCUUUAGCUCUUGAACGCGAGCCUUCUGCGUUGCCUCAUCUAGGAGUAUUAAUGUAUAACGGACAAGUGCAACCUAUUGUGUCUCAACAAUCUUGUAUGCCAUUUCUUGCAACGAUUUUAAAUGUAUUUAUUGACCAUUCUUUCGUAGAAGAGCUUCAGGCAGUGCUUAAUCUUCCACAAGUUUAUAAGUAUUUAAAGAGACUAGUAACAACAGAUUGGUGCUUAGAAAAGUCAUGGUAUACAAGAUCUGAAUUAUCUUUUUUAGUUGCUAUAGUAAAUGCAUCUUCUCUUGUGAAAGAUAAAUUAGAUAAUAAGACAAUGCAUAUUAUUUGGAAAAUUGCCAUCAAACUUGUAUCGUCUUUACCUGCCGAUUGCCCUUCUGAUGUAAAAAAGAUGCUCAGGAUUUCAUUGGCAGAAGAGAAAUUAAAUUUAGAAAUAGUAACGAGUGAAUUAGAAACGUUAAAUUUGAACUCAAAUAUCGAAAAUAUUAAAUUGAACUUAAGUCGCAACGUAUCUAAUUUGUAUGAACGAUAUAUAGCAUUAAAUGGAACAUGGGAUCAAGCGGCAAUGCCUAAAGAUUGGCUUUAUUUACCCGUCGUACAUAUUUAUACAAAAUGUAGAAAUAAUAAAAUGUGUAAUGAUGAUGAUAAAGCUGCCAUCUUAGCCGUACUGAGUUUAGAAGUAGUACUACCAGACUUGGUUGAAAAAUUAUCACAAAACUUGAGAUUUAGUAGAUUGGUACUUAUAUACCUGUGCGAGACGUUGUAUUUAAGUAACGAUGUUUCUGCUUUGCUUACUAAAGCGAUGACAACUUUAUUAAAAAAUAAUUACAAGAAGCUUAAUUUUACAAUAAAUUUGCCGGGACUCAAUUCUUUUACUGAUUUGUUUACUGCGAUGUGCGAACAUUUUUGUUCAACAUCCUAUGGUGAUUAUGGUUUUUCAAUGACCCUAUUGGUACCAAUUGCACAAAGGCACAAUGUUCAUUAUAGAAAAUUGUUGUGGUCGGAACAUGUAGGUUUGCUUCGAUAUGUUAAAUUACCAUUAGAACAAUUAGUUAUUCCAUUAAAAGAAUAUCUUUAUCCCCCUGAGGAAGAUAUAUCUUUAAUAGAAAGUUAUAUGACAGUGCUCAUUAGGGGAAUUAUUAAACAAAGCUGGUGUCCUAUUCCUUAUACAAUUGCAUUACAUCAUUCUGCUAUGUAUUUGAAACAGUCAAACAAAUUAGCAAUACGAAUGAGAACCCAAUUAGAAAAGAUAUUUGAUAAAGUUUUAGCUAGUCUUUUGUUAAAUUAUCAACCGCCCACAUUUUAAAAUUUAUGUACAAUUAUAGAUUUUAAUAAGAAAAUAUGGAUUGCUUAUAUGUAGCAGCAGUAAAUUUUACUGUUAUUAAUAAUUAUUUAAAGUUAACAAAUAUGUGUACAACAAUUUGCGACAUAUGUUCGUCAAUGUAUUUUAUAAUUAUUAUGUAAACAGUAUUAAAUCAAUUAAAGGAUUAAAUUUAUUUUGGUUUAAAAAUGUACAGAUCUCAGUAUCAAUUAAACAAUUAACAAUGUGAAUGAGAACAGUAGAAAUAAACAAUUAAUCAUGUGAAUGAAGAAUAGGAACAAUCUGUGCUUACAUUUACAAAAAGCAUAGAGGCACUGUUUGGUCACUUUCGCUGAUUUCCCAAAUUUUCAAUGAAUAUAAUUAAGAAAGUAUAAGUGAUAAAAUCAUGGUUCGUUGAGAAUUUAUAAUUUACAAUGUUCAUUUGUGUAUCUAUAUGGCCAUGCAAUGUGUAUAUAAUUGUAUAUUAAGAUAUAUAUCCAUUUGUAAAUUAUUAUUUAUGAUUAGUGAUUUCAUUCAUUUGUCUUCUGAUUGCAGAUUUAUUGUGCGAAAGUUUAAGCAAUGUAAUUAUCACGUAAACGACAAUUCAUAGAAUUAAAGUGAAAAUUACACGUCAGUAACAAAAUUAUGUAAACUGCAAAGAAUAACAAUUGUGAUAAAAUUACACGACUGUGAAAAAAUAUAUUUUUCAUGACUUCUCUAAAUUUUCUUGAUUUUAUACUGGAAACAUGUCUUAAGUUUCUUAAAAAUGAAAUGUUAUGAAAUUCGUGGAACACAAUAGGCAUAUAUAAGUACAAUAAUUGUGACGGUAAUUAUACAAUAAUGUCAAUAGUUUAACAUGCCUUAAAUGGCACGGUAAUAACGAUUACGUGCUGUUUUAAAUAAAUUUCGUGUACAAGCACAUUAAAUUGCAUAAAAUUUUUUUAUGAAAUGUAGCUGACAAAUGAAAAAAAGUUAAUAUCUUCGAAACAGUUUAUAAUCAAUCAAUGAUAUACUUCAGAAUUUAUGUUAAACUUUCAUUAUAUUAGUAACAGUAUAACAGUAUAUUUUUGUUUGGUCUGCGCAUUUUUUUUUUUUUUAUACAAUUUAAAUAAUGUAUUGUAAACGAAUUUGUAUUCGAACAGUUUAUCAUUUGCAAUUUUAUUAUUGUAAAUAUUAACAUAUUUCCAUUUCUUUUUUUAUGUAUUAAUAUGUAUACUAUCUACAUUAACAAUAUUUUGUAUUAUUUGCAUGUGUAAUAUUUUGUAUUACUUGUAAUGUGGGAGCAUAGUUGUGGGAGCCUUCAAAUUUAUCCACUUUAAUUUGCAAGGUUUCGUAAAAAUAUUGCGAAAUUUCGUUUCGAUAACAUUUUUAGACUGUCGAUAAUAUUUGUAUUUCUUAAGUAUAUUAAAUAAAUAUUUUCCCAAUCUAUUACAAAAUGAUUCGUCAAAAGAACUGUGUUCCUUAAUAUAUAACAUAUAAAUAUAAUCUCAAAA